GGUGCGGCCCGGCGCAUGCGCAGCGUGGGGCCGCCGGGAGGCCCGGGACGGAGCCGCUUCCCUCAGCACCGGUACCGGCACCGGCCAGGCCGCGCCGCACCGGGAGGGGCCGCUGCGCCCUCCCUCCCUCACCCCUGCUCCUCCGAUGUACCGGGGAGCCGCCGGGGCCGGCGCGCUGAUUGGCUGAGGAGAGAUAGAGGGGAGACUUGCGUCAGACCGCUGGAGGUGACGUCAGCGGGGGUUUGUUGGGACUGAGCCGGGGAGAAAGGUCGAGAUGAAGAACCAAGGCGGGGAGACCAAAGCUGCCCCCCGGCCUGGCAGCGCUUCCAAACUGGUGCUGGAGGAUGGGGACUCACCGGAGGCCGCAGCACCCCUGGAAGCUUCUCUCGCACAGGAGGACACCAAGUCCUCCCGGCCCGCCGUGCGGGACGUCUCCGAAGAGCUGAGCCGGCAGCUCGAGGACAUCUUGAACACGUACUGCGUGGAUGCCAGCCAGGAGGGCGCGGGCGAGGACGGUGGCCAGAGCGAGCCCACCGAGACGGAAGAAGCCGAGAAGUGUCGCAGCGAGUCCCCGAGGAACGGUGACCAGGAGACGGGCGGCCCCGAGAUGAACGGCGAGAAGGAAAACACAAAGGGGACUGAAGAGUUUCGACCCGGCGAGGAGUGUGGGGAGCGGGAUCAGAAGAAGGCUCAGGAGAAAAAGAAAGCCAAGGGCCUAGGCAAAGAAAUCACUUUGCUGAUGCAGACGCUGAACACCCUGAGCACGCCAGAGGAGAAACUAGCAGCGCUGUGCAAGAAAUACGCUGAGCUGCUGGAAGAGCAUCGCACCUCCCAGAAACAGAUGAAGAUCUUGCAGAAGAAGCAGACGCAGCUGGUGCAAGAGAAGGAUCACCUGCAGAGCGAGCACAGCAAGGCCAUCCUGGCCCGCAGCAAGCUGGAGAGCCUGUGCCGCGAGCUGCAGAGACACAACCGUACCCUCAAGGAGGAGGGUGUCCAGCGUGCACGGGAGGAAGAGGAGAAGCGGAAGGAGGUGACAUCCCACUUCCAGGUGACACUGAACGACAUUCAGCUCCAGAUGGAGCAGCACAACGAGCGGAACUCCAAGCUGCGCCAGGAGAACAUGGAGCUGGCGGAGCGGCUCAAGAAGCUCAUCGAGCAGUACGAGCUGCGGGAGGAGCACAUCGACAAGGUGUUCAAACACAAGGACCUGCAGCAGCAGCUGGUGGACGCCAAACUCCAGCAGGCGCAGGAGAUGCUGAAGGAGGCCGAGGAGAGACACCAGCGGGAGAAGGACUUUCUGCUGAAGGAAGCGGUGGCCUCGCAGAGGAUGUGCGAGCUGAUGAAGCAGCAGGAGACCCAUCUCAAGCAGCAGCUCGCUCUCUACACGGAGAAGUUUGAAGAAUUCCAGAACACCCUUUCCAAAAGCAGUGAAGUGUUCACGACCUUUAAACAGGAGAUGGAGAAGAUGACAAAGAAAAUCAAGAAGCUGGAGAAGGAGACCACGAUGUAUCGCUCUCGCUGGGAGAGCAGCAACAAGGCUCUGCUGGAGAUGGCUGAGGAGGUGAGGAGGCUGGAGCAGCACGCGGAUGUGUUGUGUGGCCUUGGGCUGGAGCUGAGGGGAGGCCAAACCUCAAAUCCUGGGCUCAGUUUUGGGCCUCUCAAGACAAGAAAGCCCCCGAGGUGCUGGAAAAACCCUUCGGGACAAAGAGCUAGAGGGGCUUCAGGUGAAAAUCCAGCGCUUGGAGAAGCUGUGCCGAGCCCUGCAGACGGAACGCAACGACCUCAACAAGAAGGUGCAGGACCUGUGUGCCCACACACCCCGCGCAGACACGGACCCCUCGGAGCCUUCGAAGGACCCACCACGAGACGGCCCCGAGGCGGCGGCGGGAGGUUCUGCAGCCGAGCAGGAUUGUCUGCACUCGGGAAAGCCGCCGCACGGCGCGGAUCCUGCGGAGAGCCUGGGAGAACUGAGCACAGGAGCCUCGGGGCAGAGCGGGACUGAGGAGGGGGCUCAGGGCGCUGCCUGAGCCCGCAGGGCGGGGGGAGAGGGAGGGGAACGUGGGGGGUUCCAGAGACUCGGUCCAACGCCCCUCUCCUGGUGCUGGGACAGGCGCGAGAGGUCGGCCCUCCGGGGGAUUCCGCAUUUCCUAGCUUAGGUUUUUGGAGGAUUUUUAAAAUUUUUAUAUAUAUAUAUAUAUAUGAUUAUAUAUAUGAUAUAUAAAAUAUGUGCAGGGCAACGAACACUUUAUAUAUGGAUACACGUGAAAACUAGAAUGAUCCACCUCCCUGCGUGUGCGUGAAUAACUAAUAUAUGGAGACUCAACCGAUCGGCCCUUUCACGACAAGACUUGUCACUGGCAGGCUGUGAACCCCCAAAAAUCUAACGCAGCUCAGGCAGGUGGGGGGUCUGUCAGCACCUCCGCAGCGACGCUGCGUCGAGUGAGAGACAAGGAGCUGAGCUGGAUUCUCCCUCCUCCGUGUCAGGUGUCCCAGACACUCGUGUUUUUGGUGCCCGUGAGCAGAGCAAAUGAGUUGGGAAGAGGCCGUUUCUCCUCUGCCUGGGUUUAUGUGUUGAAUGGAGACAAAGAAAAGCAGAGGAAUGGGGGGUGCCCGGUUCACCCAGAAUCUGCCAGUGUCUCAAUCGCCUUAUGAUUCACAGUUGCCUCUUUGCUAUACGCACAUGCGCACAAGUGUAUUAAAGAGUUAAUCCAAAGGUCUAAUUCCCAAGUGUUUUGCACAAGCGCGUGUGGUCAGUUGUGCAAGGGGCUGGGGAGGUUCCACCCGAGCUCCUCUGCCCCGUGUCAGGACCUCCUGGUCGCUGAGCGAUGGUCUCGAGGUGUCCGCAGAGCUCCAUCCGAAUUGCCGGCGCCAGCACCAGGACUGUGUCCUCCCUCCUCACGGGGACUCCAGCGAGUUUGGGUCUAACGAACCUGCAGCAGAGACGAGAUGUAACGAGUCUCCGCAGAGCCACAGCCCCGAACCUCUGCUGGGAUGUUCCCCGGAGCCGAGCGUGGCUUUGUCGGCCCCUUGAUGUCCGUGUUGCUUCCCCGGUGCAGGGACGUGUCUGUGUCAGAAGGAGCGUCAGGAGCCCCGUUCGCAGCUGCCAAGCUGUGGGCUUCUUCCCGUCCUUUCAAUAAAAGAAAAACCUUAGAAAGCCACCUUUUUUUAUUUUCAAUUUUCCUCGUUACGGUACAGAUUAUCUCCACAGGGGCUGUUGUAUGGAUCUCUGUAUCAAAUAGAAAUGCACCCAACUUC